UGGCUCGAUCAUGCAAGGGCAUUAAAGAUCUUGGCUAUUCACGAGGAGAUGGAGAAUACUGGAUUGAUCCUGAAAACACUGGGCAACCCUUCAUUGUCUACUGUGAUAUGACUACUGAUUCAGGUGGGUGGACAUUAAUAAAACAGGCUGAGAUAAAUUCGACGAGCCCCCGUCAAUAUGGUGUAAUCACGAGUACAAACUAUCGCGAUAUCUCUAAUUGGAGAGAUAUCAGAUAUGUUAUGAAAUCCCCGCAACUCCAAGAAUUAAGGCUAGCGAUGGGUUUCCAUCAGUUACGCUUUCGUUGUUUCAAGAACCGUCCUGGACGAACCAUUCAUAUCAUGACUACUAAUGAUACCGCUGGCCGCAAAGUACUCGACCACUUCCUCCUCGAUGCAACAUGGCCUACUGCUUGUACCACCUUUCAAAAACUUCCCGACGAUACUUCGAUCCUGUCUGAUCAUUGCAAUCGAUGGGGAGACCUUGGCAACCUUAACCAUUGGGGAAGGAAAGUCAAUUAUGGAGACCUUAGAAUUUACAACCGGCCAUUUUAUUGGGCAAAUAAACACAGUAUCGCGUUCCAUCCUGAAAAUACGUACUUAUGCGAUGACGAUGACAACAACAAAGAAACCGGCGCCUUAACGAUUGGUGAUAUCUGGGAACUUUAUUGCCGCUAAAGAGUUUACUGCAAUAAAUCGAGAUUUUUUACGGAAAAGAAACAAAAUGCAGUAUUUAUUUACAAUUAAAAGCCGCGGAGGACAUUUUAGACUUUUUGUUGUAGAUUUCUAGACUUCGUGGCUAGAGUUGCACGACAUGAAAUAUCACAACCCAUCCCAAAAUCAGGCUUUAAAGUAAACUAAAUCAUCCCAAAUGAAGUUUCUCCUAGGGAGUAUCGAAAGAAGUCACCGGCAUAUGGUCACAAUCAAAUUACAGAACUGUUAGACUACGCCUCCCUGACAUUUAGUUAAUACAAUGUUAAUAAUGAUUACGACGUAAAAUCGGAGGUCCCGUCUCUCUACACUUCACUCACUAACCUGUAUUAGAGGGACGUUAAAGAACCCACACCACUGUUCGCAUAAGAGUAUAGGGAAUGAUUCUCGGUGUGUGUGGCUAGGCCUUACUACUAACCCAUACUAAUUACUAACCCCUCAUGAUUGUAAGCCGCGUGGCUGCCAAUUGCGCCUUAACUACAGCGGUCCGUGUGAAAUGAUCUAUACAUGUGAAGCGCCUGUGAACUCAGAGGAUAUCGGCGCUAUAUAAAUACCACAUAUUAU